AUGUAUUUUGCUUUAUUCCAUAAUGCAGAGCUAACGUGCUUGACUGGUGAGGAAAUUUUUUCUUUGCAUGGGAUACCGAACAACAGUCACGUAUCAAAUUCAAGCUUCUCUACAAUAUGUCCUGCUGUUUUGCAACAGCUAAUUUUUCACCCGUGUGAUCAUCAGGAAAACUUUGUGGAUACCUCUAAACCACAUUCUUUACAAGUUUGGGGAUUUGGGUUCCUGGCUGUGACUAUCAUUAACUUCGCAUCACUUCUGGGAUUGAUUUUAACUCCCCUCUUAAAGAAGUCAUAUUUCCCCAAGGUUUUAACCUACUUUGUGGGCUUGGCCAUUGGUACUCUCUUUUCUAAUGCAAUUUUCCAGCUCAUUCCAGAGGCAUUUGGGUUUGACCCCAAAGUAGAUAACUAUAUUGAGAAAGCAGUUGCUGUGUUUGGUGGAUUCUAUAUUCUCUUCUUUGUGGAAAGGAUUCUUAAAGUGAUAUUGAAGAUCUAUAAGCAGACUGGCCACAAUGACUCUGAAAAUGGCGAACAGAAUUGUUCUCAGGAUAAGACUAACCCACCCAAACCACUAUCAUCCAGCAAUGGGGGGACGUGUUAUGCAAAUUCAGCCGUCAUAGAGAGCAAUGGAAAUCUUGGUUUUGACAGCAUCAGUGUGGUCUCAGGACAGGAAGAAACCACCCAAGGCAGCUUAUGCAAGUGUCUUAAUGGGCGUCCACUGUCAAAGAUUGGGACCAUUGCUUGGAUGGUAACACUGAGUGAUGCCGUACAUAAUUUCAUAGAUGGUUUGGCUAUUGGUGCUUCUUUCACUUUGUCUCUGUUUCAAGGGCUUAGUACCUCCAUAGCCAUCUUGUGUGAAGAGUUUCCUCAUGAACUGGGGGAUUUUGUCAUCUUGCUUAAUGCAGGAAUGAGCACUCGGCAGGCUCUGGUUUUCAACUUUCUGUCUGCAUGUUCCUGUUACAUUGGGUUGGCUUUUGGUAUAUUAGUAGGCAACAACUUUGCUCCUAAUAUCAUCUUUGCCGUAGCCGGUGGAAUGUUCCUGUACAUCUCUCUGGCAGAUAUGUCUGAAAUAGGGUAUUCAAGUACAGAGAUCUGGCUUUCCGCUUUCUGUUAUGAUUUUCACACACUUCUGGUUUGCUUGUCCAGAAGCAGUUCCCAGAGAUGAAUGAUAUGCUGCGAGAGAAAGUGACAGGAAGAAAGAUGGAUCUCACAUUCUUCCUUAUUCAGAAUGCUGGUUUACUAAC